AUGUCAGUUGUGUUAGCCCGCAAUGCGCAGGAUUUCGCUCACCAAGUGUCAUCUCUCGCCGACACUCAGGGCUUCUAUGAUAACCUCAGCAUGGAUAGCAGUCGCCUCACUUCCAACAUUGUAGUGGGCAUUACAAACGAUAAUAGUUGUAGUAGUAACAGCAGUUCUGAGUCUCAUCGCAAUGACGAAGCCGUAAGUUUUAAUUCUCGAGUCUUUAAAUCGCGAGCCUGUGAGUACGUGGAAGAAAGUCUUGUCGAACCAACUAAAUCACUGCUUCUCAGUUCGUCGCCCGUUUCUGACUAUGACUCCCACUCUAAGGAACAGAAAGAUUCCGGAAAGUCGCGUUUGAGUGUUACUGAGCAUGGAAUUGGUGGAACUGAAAGUUCAGGAGAAAAUGCUGACAAUUCCUUCUGUACACGUCCGUCGGAACCGAGCGAUAAAGGACCCCCGCAGAACGCACCUUGCUCCAGACCUAAUUACCGUAAUGAUGGGAUUUCUGAAUCUGGAAAUAUUGUCUUCGUGUCUGGUCUAAAUUCAGAGACGACCGUCUCGCAGCUAGUCGAGCUAUUUGGCGGCAGAGAGGUCCUAAAAAGCAAUAAUAAUGGCGAACCGGACGUUCACAUUCAUCUAGACCGGAUGACUGGGAAGAGCCGUGGACAAGCGACGGUGGCCUUCAGGACUUCUGAUCUUGCUCAGUCGGCGAUUAAAAAGUUGAAUGAUAGCGAGUUUCUCGGUGGAAGGCUUACAGUUCAGCCAUACAGAAAGAAAACCUGGCCUUCUCGAAGGGGACCUGGCUUUGGCUAUGUCAGAGAAUAUCUUCCGUGUCGGUGUUGGGAUUGGCCUCACCGCCAUGGUAACGACUUCUACAAUCCUAUCUACCCUGAUACUCGACUCUCGUCUCGGAGUUAUCACGGUGGCUACCACGGGAUGAGUGGUUAUCGCUCUGAUGUCUACGACAGAAUGCACUGUCCAGAUCCAUACUUUCAAGGAAAUUACUCGAGAAAUCGUAUUCGCAGAGAUGACUUCCAGUUUCAAAGGUACGCUCCAGACAUGGUACCUGAAACUAAUUCUGGACCCUAUUUCCACUGUCAUUCAAGAACUAGUAGGCCUUGUUGGGACGGAUACCAAAGAAACUGCUUUAGCAUGGGCGGCUAUGGUGGCUUCACAAGACCUCAAAAUAACCCGCGAGAUUUCUAUCCACGAUCUAUUUACGGGAGAGGAAGAAUGUCCUCUGAAAGUGAAAGGUCUCAUAAGUCUUGGAAAAUGGACGUCCCACUCAUAAGCGAUUCUAACAAGUAUGGUGACAGAUAUUCGUACCGCGGUCAUUAA